AUGCCAACAGAUGAGGAAGUGAGCCAGUUCAUGGCGGUGACGGGAAGCGCCGAUCCCGAACAAGCCACCAAUUACUUGGAAAUGAGUGGCGGAGACUUGGAGACGGCCGUUGGUUUGUACAUGGAACACAACAUGGGUGGCGGCGGUGCCAGUGCUGGUGGAAUGGGCGGCAUGGACGCAGGAUCCGGCGACGCUCAAAUGGCAGCGGCAAUGGCAUCACAGCAGGAUGUUCGAGCACCCGAUGCCACUCGCACCAUGCGAUUGAUGGACGACGUGAUGGAUGUGGGACACCAUCCAGCACUCGGAAACCCAGGACUGGCCAUUAUGAAUGCAAUGAUGGACGAACAGCUCGCUCAGUCGGCUUUUGCUUCUCCACCCUCUCGACUCAACGCUCGGGAUGUUGUCAACAGUGCUGCUGCGAACGAAAACAAGCGUGGAGACAGCGACGAAGAAGAAGAGAGUGGAGAUGGAGACGAUGAAGAAUAUGAAUAUGACGACGACGAUGAUGGCAUUGGCAAUGCGGCCCCUCCAGCACCUGCUCGCCUUUCGGACAUGUUCUCUCCACCGGAGCAUUUGAUGCACACAGCGGGGGGAUUCCAAGGAGCUCGGUCCAUGGCGAAAGACUCCAAGCGUUGGCUUUUGGUCAAUCUACAGCGUGAUUCUGAAUUUGCAUCUCAUGCUCUCAACCGAGAUGUUUGGCGAGAUGAAUUGGUGGAAAACUUGGUUCGAGAAGGUUUCAUCUUUUGGCAAGCUAUGGAUAUCAGCAGUGAGGGAAGAACUUAUUCGGAGCGAUAUGCGGUUCAUGAUUACCCACACCUGGCGAUUCUGGACCCACGAACUGGUCGCCUGCUGUGGCGGAAGGAAGGGUGGACGCAGGAAAAACCCUUGACAGCGGAAACAUUUGCUGAAUAUGCCAUGGAUUUCUGUUCGCGAAAUUCCUUCGACAAACCCCCAUCUGCGCGUCCACCCACUUCAAACGGUGCAGUGCGACCUCCAGUCAAACGAUCGAUGCAGGAAAUGUCCGAAGACGAACAGAUGAAAGCUGCCGUAAAUGCUAGCUUGGAAAAGGAAAGCGGGAGCCAGGACGAAGAGAUGGAAGACCGAAAUGACGACGACAAUGAUGAGGCCGACGCAAAGCCAGCCGCUGUGGAAGACGCACCACCAGAGGAAGAAAAGGCUGGACCCUCCUUGCUUGAAGAUCUCAAGAGUGUAGAGGUCGGCGACGAACCGGCAAAGGGAGCUCGGUUGCAAUUGCGAUUGCCGGAUGGAAAGCGCAAAGUACGAAAGUUUGCUCCCUCGGACACUAUCAAAAUCAUUUACGCAUUUCUGGCGCAAGAGACUCAGGGAGAUAGCGCUGGCCGUGAAUUCACUUUGAUGGUAGGGUUCCCGCCUCGGGAUCUUCUCCCGGAUAUGGACAAUACAAUUGAGAGCUGUAAGCUGGCAGGCGAGGCCAUUACCAUGCGCUGGAAGUGA